UUAGUGGUAUAAAUGCACUUAGGGCAGUGCUGCAAGUCACCCGUGCAGGCCAAGCUAAGUCAAACCCCUGUGUGAGCAGGAGACACCAGAGUGCAAAAUGGGACCUUUACGAAGAGGAAGCCUGAUGGGACAGCUCAGCUCAACAGCAGCUGGUACACUUCCCAAAUAUGUGAAAAUAGUUGAGGUUGGUCCAAGAGAUGGCUUGCAAAAUGAAAAGAACAUCGUCCCCACCCAUGUGAAAAUUGACUUAAUCAACAUGCUGUCGGAAACGGGUCUUUCGGUCAUAGAAGCUACCAGUUUUGUGUCUCCCAAAUGGAUUCCUCAGAUGGCUGAUCAUACUGAAGUCAUGCAAGGGAUUCGGAAGGUUCCUGGGAUCAGCUACCCUGUUUUGACUCCCAACCUCAAAGGCUUCCAAGCAGCGGUGGCAGCAGGAGCUAAGGAGGUGUCAGUCUUCGGGGCAGCAUCAGAACUUUUCACAAAGAAGAACAUCAACUGUUCCAUUGAGGAGAGUCUGGACAGAUUCAGUGAUGUCCUGAGUGCAGCUAGAGAAAGCGGCAUCCCGGUCCGAGGGUAUGUCUCCUGUGUCCUUGGCUGCCCAUAUGAAGGCAAGAUUGCUCCUGCUAAAGUAGCAGAAGUUUCAAAGAAAAUGUAUGCCAUGGGGUGCUACGAGAUUUCCCUUGGUGAUACCAUCGGCGUUGGGACCCCUGGCAACAUGAAGGACAUGCUCUCUGCUGUCAUGAAGGAGGUGCCUCUUGGAGCACUGGCUGUUCACUGCCAUGACACUUACGGGCAGGCACUCGCCAACACGCUGGUAGCGCUUCAGAUGGGCGUGAAUGUGGUGGAUUCCUCAGUCGCUGGCCUUGGCGGCUGCCCCUAUGCCCAAGGGGCAUCUGGGAAUGUAGCCACAGAAGACAUGGUGUACAUGCUCAACGGUCUUGGCAUCCACACUGGUGUGGACCUCACGAAACUCCUGGAAGCAGGAACCUUUAUUUGCAAGGCGUUGAACAGGAGGACCAAUUCGAAAGUGGCACAGGCCUCCUGCAAACUGUGAAGCAGAGCAGUGCUUUUAAGGGACUUGUUGGAAGCAAAACUACAAGCGACACUCUGGAAUCUGCCAUGUUUGCACUUGCUCUCCUCUCCUGACUUUAUUUAAGCACUCUCCAGUGGUCUCCGGACUCGACGGCAGGAAGAUGAGUCAGCCAAAUUUUACCCUGAAAAGAGACAUUAAAAAAAAAGUAGUCUAGAGCACUGUAUUUGCACUUGGUUGGAUAUCUUGGGCUUUGCAAAGAACUUUAGUCCUUCCCACUUGGUCACAACUUGCCUCCAGGGAACAGAUUUGUUGCAGGGGGUCAUAAAAGAGCCCUGCUGGGUUGGGCCAAAGGCCUGUCAUAGUCCAGCAUUUUAUUCUCACAGUGGCUAACCAGAGUCCUAUGGGAAGCUCACAAGCAGGACCAGAGUGCAGUGGGGCUCUCCUCAUCUGAGGUUCGCUCCAAAUGAUAUUCAGAGGAAUACUGCUUCUGACACGGGAGGGGGAACCUAGCCAUAGCGGUUCAUAGCCUUAUCUACCAUGAAUUUGCCUUUUAAAGCCAUCCAAGUUGGGGGUUGUCACUACAUAUUUUGGGAGCAAAUGCCCUCGUUUAAACACUGCAGUUUGUGAAGAAGAUCUUCCUUUUUUCCUGUCUUGAAUCUUCCAGCAUCAAUUGGAGCUUUUUAAAACAUCCAUCUUCAUGGGAGCGUCCUAUAUACCUCUAUCCCUAUUUGUAUUUUUGGACCCUGCAUUUGCUUGGGCCAUAAUUUAUCUCUUCCUCUUUUCUCAUUCGGAGUUUCCUAUGUGACAUUGUGGUUGCGUCAACAGUGCGCUGUGGAGUAACCCC